GUUCUAUUUCUCCCUCAAAAUGAAUAACAUUAAUGUUCGAAUAAAACAAGUUAAAAAUGCUUAACUCAAACAUUAACGCAUUAUCAAAAAUCUAAAUAAAUCAAUUAACCCAUUUCAUUAAUAAUUAAUAUAAUCAUGCUAUAUUCUCGAAAAAUUAAUCAACACAUUUAAUUAAUGGUUACUUAAAUGAGUUUUAGGCAAGUUUUACGUGCCCUAGUUAAUUGUUCUAUCUUUCACUCACUCCUACAUUUCUCAAUUCUCCCUGCACAACGGAUACCCUGCAAUUCUCUUCCUUCCUUCCUUCCUCAUCCUUCAUUCUUCACUCACUUUCAUCAAUCUCUCAUUAGUCUCUUUCUACUUUCCCAAUUUCCUCAUCUCUAUAAUUCGAAUAAACUGAAUUAGAAAAAGGGUUUUUCAGAUUCAAUCUGGGCUGGUCUUAUUUUGUUCUUUCUUCUUCAAAAUUUAUAUUGAAUUUAUUGUUUAAUUUGGGUUUUGAGGGGGUUUAGCGUUAGGGUUAGGGUUUUUGGGAGUAGGCUAAUGGUGGUGGAGGUUCAAGAGCAGGAAAGGUAAUGGAAAACGCAGAAUUAGAUGAACCAGAUAAGAAAAGACCUCAUUUGAGCAUUAAUUCUCCUCCAAUGGCUCGCAACUCCAUUCUCUCCCCUGAUAGCAAAUCGGUUGAUGCAGCUGUCCUCCAAUACCAAAAUCAAAAACUUGUACAGCAACUAGAUGCCCAAAAACAGGAAUUGCAUGAUCUAGAAGUUAAAAUUCAAGAAUUAAAAGAGAGACAAUCUUCUUACGAUGAUAUGAUAACAACUGUGAAGCACUUAUGGAACCAGUUGGUUGAUGAUUUAGUGUUCCUUGGGGCUAAAGCUGGUGGAGGCCUUGAUGUUUUGCAAACUUUAGACUCUGAAGACUUUUCUUAUGGUUCAAUUGCUUCAUGUCCUGCAGAGGAAACUUUUCUCUGCAGUCUUCUAAAAGUUGAAUCUAUUGGGUGCACCGGGGAAGAUAGUGGUGUUGAAUUUAUUGAAGGUAUCCUCGCCCAGCGCCAAUCUUCAAUUGAAAAGUUACUUAAAUGGCUUGAAGACUUUGUUGAUGUUCAGAAAAAGAAUAUUAUGACUGUUUCUCAGGAAUUACAUGAAAGCUUUUCUACAGAAGAUGCUAUCUUUAAGUUGAAUAAAGUUGAAGAGAUGAUGGCAGAUGAGGCUAGAAGUCUUAAAGCUGUCAUUGAUGGUCUACAUCAAAAACAUUCAAUGUAUGCUGAUAAAAUCCAGAGCUACAUUCAGAACCAGCCAGCUGAUGAAGCUGAGAUUAAACAUAUCAGUGGUGAGGUAGAAGAAUACAUGGCUGAGCUUGAAGAUAGCAGACGAAAGCUUGUGAAUCUGAGAAUGCAGAAGAAUUUGGUAUCUGGGACUUACAACCCGACCUCUGUGGUUGUAAAUGGAGCCAUGUCUUUUUUGAAGCCACCUGAUAGAUCAAUGGGUCUGCAGGAUCUGAAAGACUCAAUUGAAGAAGCUGAGAUAUUGGCAGCUGACCGUCUUGCUGAGCUUGAGGAUGCACGUGAAGACAUUUCAAUCCUGUCGAAACAGAUGGAAGAUGUGGAGAGCGAAAUAAAAGAUGAUAAAUAUGUUUACAGUUCUCGAAUGUACACUUUACUGAAUGAUCAACUCCACCAUUGGAAAGCUGAAUUCAUGCGCUACAAAACUUUGACAGAAUCUUUGCAGGCAGAAAGGUCUUACCUUAUUAGAAGAGAGAAGGAACUUGAAUCAAAAACAGAAUCAGCAGAGAAUGCAAAAGUUGCUAUUAAUAAGGCUGAGGCCAGAGUUGAGGAGCUAGAGCUGAUGUUACGAAAUUCUGUUAUUGAGAAAAAUGAGCUUGAGGCUAAAAUGGAGGAAGCUGUUCAAGAUUCUGGAAGGUCAGAUAUCAAAGCUGAGUUUAGUGUGAUGACCUCUGCUCUGUCAAAAGAAAUGGAAAUGGUGGAGGCUCAAUUAAGUCGAUGGAAAGAUAUUGCCGAGGAAGCUUUGUCCUUGCAUGAAGGAGCAGAAUCACAGAAGGCUUUGUUAGUUCAAAAGACAAGUGAAGUGAAAGCCGUAGGAGAUAAAUGUGCUCAACAGAUGGCAGAAAUUAAAUCUCUUAAGGAAUUGAUUGAGAAGCUGCAAAAAGAAAAGUUGGAAUUGCAAAUAUUUGUUGAUAUGCUUGGUCAGGGAAGUUACGACAAUAGAGAUCUGAUGGAAAUCCAAGAAUCUGAACGAAGGGCUUGCACUCAAGCUGAGAUGUUGAAACAUGCUCUUGAUGAGCAUAAUCUAGAGCUCCGUAUAAAGGCUGCUAAUGAAGCAGAGGCUGCCUGCCAGCUCCGUCUCUCUGCUGCAGAAGCUGAAAUUGCUGAUUUAAGAGCCAAAUUGGAUGCUACUGAAAGGGAUGUCUGUGAACUGACAGAAGCAAUAAAAAUAAAAGAUGCAGAGGCAGAAGCUUAUAUUUCUGAAAUUGAGAUCAUUGGUCAAGCUUAUGAAGAUAUGCAAACACAAAAUCAACAUCUUUUGCAGCAGAUCACUGAAAGAGAUGACUAUAAUAUCAAGCUGGUAUCCGAAAGUGUGAAGACAAAACAAUCUGUGAAUACACUCUUGUCUGAGAAGCAAGCCUUGGUUAAGCAAUUUGAGUUGGUUAAUGCGUCGCUGGAAUCUCUUAGGGGAAGGAUUUCACGGAGCGAAGAGGAGAUGAAAACUAUUAUGUGUGAGGCCUUGAACCAUUGUCAGGAAGACAGACACCUUAUUGUUAGUCUAGAGAGAGCAAAAUGGGAAUUGUUGGAUGUCGAGAAGGAGUUGAAAUGGGCGAAAUCUGCUCUUACUUCAUCGGAGAAGGAAUAUGAGCACAUUCAAAGGAAGACUGCUGAAGUCCAAAGGGAAUUGGACAUCGAAAGUCUUGAAACAAAGAAGCUCGAGGAGGAGCUCAGAGAGUGGAACGAAAAGGUUGCUCAGAUGACUGCUGAAACAGGGGAGGCUGCAAUUCAGAAACUUCACGAGGAAAUAAAGGAGUGCAAAUCUAUCCUCAAAUGCGGCGUCUGCUUUGAUCGGCCAAAAGAGGUGGUCAUUGUGAAAUGCUACCAUCUUUUCUGCAACGCAUGUAUACAACGAAACCUAGAAAUUCGUCAUAGAAAGUGCCCUGCCUGUGGUACCCCAUUCGGGCAGAGUGAUGUUCGAUUUGUAAAGAUAUAAAAUAAAAAAAAGCUCAUAAAUUUCCAAAUGGUUUUUUUUGGGUUACAAAUAAUCGGAUGUUUUAUAUGAUAAAAGUACACCACAUAAUUGUACUUGGCUGCUCAAGUAGCUAUGCUCCCGAACCCACAUUGUAAAUAGCAAUUAGCUUAGCAAACCCGGCAUUAGAAACUACAAUGAUAUUUCCUACAAUGUACCAUAGGAUGAUUGUACUUUAUGCCCUAAAUUAUGUAAGAGUAAAAGAAUAUUAAAUUUUUAGUUCA